AGAUGCAUACAAGACGUGCCUAGCACGGGCGAAGCGAGCUCUCAAUCACGCGUCUUUCCCCACGACGGUUCUUGGUCUAUCGAGGAAGACAUCAAACCACGUUGCCCUCCCUUCAUUAUUUGCACCUGGUGUUGGCCCGAUGUAUGAAGACCUGAAGGACAUGUUAUGUGCCUGGGUUGUGUCUCGGUCGGACGAAGGGCUAGGAUAUAUGCCCGGAAUAGCCAAAAUGCUGCGAUGCCCAAGGCUUUGUCGUGAUGCGAACUUACUCGAGCGACACUUCUAUUUCAACUUUAAGCAGCACCAGGUCUCGCCAGCAGCCUAUUUGCCUGACUGGCUAGUCCCACUCUUUCUCGAUCAUCUUCCGUUCGAGGCAUGUGCGCGAUUAUGGGACAUCCUCCUUCUAGAGGGCGAUUCCUUCUUAUUUCGUGCAUCAUUGGCAAUUCUAGCUGUACUGGAACCACGCCUCUUCUUUCCUGAUCGCCGCGAACUGUUGGAACUACUAAAACAAACCGGCUCUCGAAGUCGCGAAGCGAGAGGUCGACCGUUAAAUGGUGCCAAGUACGAAAUCUACAACGUAGAUGAGGAGACGUUGUGGGAGCGCCUUGACAGCAUGGACGAACUCAUACAGAGGGAACUGCCGGACUUGUAGAGUGUAGCGAGGAAUGUGAAGGCAAAGUUGUAAGGACCAGUGAAGUGGCGACACAUCCAGGUCCGAGCUCGAUUUCAUUGUAUUAUGAUGACCUCAUAAUCUCGUUGGUUCCGAAGGCGUCCGAUGACAAUCCAUAC